AUGCCCCACUUGCUUGUAGAACCUCUCCAGGCGAGAUGUGGGCCCAUCCUUGGAGAAAUGGCUGCUUGGCCUAGUUGCUCCACCCGCAAUGCCCGCAGCCAGGCGGGCGUAUUCCUUGGCAGCGAGAUACCUUCAGGCGCUGGUCUGCUUCUCCGUCCAGCGUCAAGUUUUCUGCCGGAUCUGGACCCAGGCCGACUACAGCAUCCGACGAGCUUCUCAGAAGCAACGACUGCGUCAGAUCGAGCACAGCUGCUGCAGGCUGAGGUGGAAGCGGCAAGAGACGCAGCAGAUACGGCGGAAGAAGAGGCCGAGGCUGCAGAGCAUGCCGAGCUCUUGGUCGUCGGUCUAGCAACGAUCUUCACGGGGCUGGCGUGGUUUACUACAUACAAGACAUGGCAGCUGUACCAGAGGUGGCUUGCCAUGAAGCGUCGGAAAGCCCUGUGCGUGGGUGCUGCACGAGUUGUGACUAGAUGUUGCGGCGACGCUGCUGUGGUAGCGGGACAGGGGACACUCGUGGGCAGGAGUGCUGACCGCAAAUUAGCCCGCAUGCUUGCGCAAGAACUGGACAGCCGUGCCGGCCAGCUCAGGACUGUGGAUCAUCGCCUUAGUCUCACCCGCUCUAAUAUGUUGCUGGCAUCGGCAAUGGAAAUACACCAAGCCAGGAUGCCUUUGGCACGCAGUGUGGCACCGACGCCGUCGACACAUCGCGCCACUGCACACAUACAACGAGCAAUGGAUCCUUCAGCUCAUGGGAAGGAUGGCCAGAUCUUUCUUUGUGCAUCGCUGGCUUGCUCGGGCAUGGCGCUGGCAACAAGGUCCAGGUCCAGGCAACAAAGUCGACACGUUCUGCAGGCCCAGGCAAGCCCUGCAGCAGAAGGCGAAAAAGGCCGGUCCCGGCCACGUGUCGCCGUGGUUGGGGCUGGUUGGGGAGGGCUUGGCGCCGCAAAGGCCUUGUGCGAGAAUGGCUGCGAAGUGACUUUGCUGGAUGGCACCCCACAGCCUGGAAGCGGCAUGCAAACGCCUUCAGGCAAGCCCUUCGAGGCUGGUACUCGUGGAUUUUGGAGGGAUUAUCCCAACAUGAACGCCACGCUAGCCGAAAUCGGCUUGGACGAGAGUGAACUCUUUACAGACUUCACAGAAUCUGCCUUCUACAGCCCUGAUGGGCUGGAAGCGACGGCUCCGGUGUUUGCGGGCGCACCAGAGCUGCCCAGCCCGUUGGGCCAAGUCAUUGCAAGUUUCUCCAGGUUUCGACGCUUGCCACUGGCAGACCGGCUCUCCAUCACCGGCUUGCUUCUGGCCAUGGUCGAUUUCACCCGUGAUGCUAAGACCUUCGAAGCCUAUGAUCGAAUGACAGCUCAUGAACUUUUUCUAAGAGCUGGACUGAGCCAACGUCUUGUCGACGAUUUCUUGAAGCCUACGCUGCUCGUCGGCCUCUUCAAACCCCCGGAGGAACUGUCUGCGGCUGUCACCAUGGAGUUGCUCUACUUCUAUGCGUUGGCCCAUCAAACUUCCUUCGAUGUUCGCUGGCUCAAGAAGGGCACGGUCAGCGAGACCUUGAUGUGUCCGGUCAUCAACCACUUGGUAGAGCAGCACGGCCUGACCGUGAAGGGUGGCAGUUUUGUGGAGGGGCUCGAGGUGGCCGAUGGCGAAGUGACUGGCCUUCGGUAUCGGUCAAGAAGCGCAGGAAGCGGAAGCAUGCAGACCGUGCAGAUGGAGGAUUUAGAUGCAGUGGUGCUGGCACUGGGCGCUGGCGGUCUGCGAGCCGUGCUGCGCGGAAGCCCUGAGGUUGCCAAGGUAUGCCCUAACCUGACGUCUGCAGGAUCCUUGCAGGGAAUUGAUGUCAUGUCCGUGCGUAUUUGGUUUGACCGCAAGGUCGCCACACAGGCCUCUGCAAACGUCUUCGCGAAGUUUAGCGCUCUUCGUGGCGCAGGUGGAACCUUCUUUAUGCUGGAUCAGUUGCAGGCAGACCAGCAGGCACUUUGGGGAGAGGAUGAGCCCCAAGGCUCCGUGGUGGCCUGUGACUUCUACAACGCCGGCGCCCUCCUCGCGCUGCCUGAUGAGGAGAUCAUCCGGCUGCUGGCCGACGAGCUGCUGCCCAGCGCAGUGCCAGAAUUCCGCAGUGCCAAAGUUGUGGACAGUCACGCCAUGCGGUUUCCCGGAGGUGUGAGUUGGUUCUCCCCUGGCUCUUUCAAGUCACGGCCAACCACGGAGACCCCACUAAGAAAUUUGGUGUGUGCAGGUGAUUGGGUUCGUCUUGGCAGCCGGGAACAUGGUGCCAAAGGGCUUUGCCAGGAGCGAGCCCUUGUGACAGGCCUUGAGGCAGCGAACUCAUUGGCCAGGCGAGGGAUUCUGGACAAGCGCCGGCCACAGCAUGUCUUGCAGGGCACGUAUCUUUCAAGGUGA